GUGCCACUUUUCGGGGGGAGGGGGGUGGAGUAAUUGGUCUCGGUGGGACCGAGGUCCUAAUUAUGCGAGGAUGGACGGUCACCGAACACCCCCCCCCCUCCUCCUCCUCCUUCCCCCCCCCCCUCCUCCUCCUCCUUCCCCCCCCCCCCCGGUCCGGUGAUUCCGGCAGCCGCCGACCCGUGAGGCGGAGGCCUCGCCUGGUCCCUGGUUUCCUCUGGCGCCUGGUGAUCGAGCUCCUGUUCCCCUCCCUCACUGGAUCUACAAGUGUCAGUGCUCCGGGGAGAAGUCAGGCGGCGCCUGAUCGGCCGCGGGUUUCCAGCACCUUGUGUUUAGACCCCAGUGGCCGAGUCAGUGGGGCAAAGGCUUCCAGUGGGGGACAGCAGGAGGCCACACAGCCCGUCGAGUCCGUUCUGCAAACCAGCAUCUCAUUCUGCACACUGGCACCGCAACUUCUCUUUCUCGGCCUUAAUCAUCAAACAGUUGGUCUCAUUUUGAAUUAUGAAAGGGCACUGGCACUAAAUUCAAAGACCAUCUGGCCUCCAUCAGAUUUUCUACCAAUCUUUGAAUCAGAAGUGUGGGCUCUUGCUUCCGGGGUGGAAUUAAUGGACUUUCAUCUCUGGCUAAGUUAAGAAUGCCAUCUGCUACAGCCCUUAAAUUUGGGGCCAUUUUCCUUAUCGUCACUCUAAUUGGUGUGAUAACUUUCCACAAUCAUUCCCAGUUGGAUUCUCCUAGAUUCACUAAUGUGGACAAAAUUAAACGAGACCUAUUGUGGCAACCUCCAAAUUAUAAAAAUGGCACAAAAUCCUCAGAAACGCCAAAGAAGUCACUAUUCAGGUAAGGGUGAUCACAAUGCUUCAUGGUGUGAUAUUGAUCCUAAUAGUAGAUUGGGAUUGUGCUUUUAAUGAAUUGAUGGACAUGAAGAAUGUCAGGCCCAUGGCUGCUGCUGGAUUCCAAUGGCCAGUACUGUCAAUGUGACAGCGCCUUUUUGUUUCUUGCCUUCAAAUUAUCCUUCUUACAACAUGGAUAACCUUGCUCCAACCAAGACAGGCUAUACAGGUACACUAAGCCGCACUGAGAGGACAUUGUUCCCAAAUGACAUAAGGACACUUCAGUUGAAUGUAAUAUAUGAGACAUCAGGCAGACUUCAUUUUACUCUUAAGGAUCUAGAGAACAAGCGGUAUGAAGUUCCUAUUGAUGUUCCUGUUGUUACUGAGAAAGCUUCAACUCAACUCUAUACCGUUAAGUUUUCCUCCAGACCUUUCGGCAUUAUUGUACAGAGGAAAUCAAAUGGUCAUGUACUGCUGAAUACAACAGUGGGGCCAUUGUUUUUUGCUGACCAAUUUCUGCAGAUCUCUACCUCCCUGGCCUCGCAACACAUUUCAGGGCUGGGCGAGCACAUGACAAAUCUAAUCCUGAAUGUCAAUUGGACUCAAUUAACUCUCUGGAAUCGGGAUCAAGGACCUCAUCCAAAUUCCAAUUUAUAUGGCUCUCACCCUUUUUAUUUGGUGAUGGAAGAGGAUGGGUCAGCUCAUGGUGUUUUCCUGUUAAACAGCAAUGCCAAAGAUGUUUUACUUCAGCCAUCCCCUGCUCUAACCUGGAGGGCCAUUGGAGGAAUCUUUGAUUUUUACGUGUUCUUGGGUCCAAAUCCAAAAACUGUGAUCAGGCAAUACAUGGAUAUUAUUGGUUACCCAAUAAUGCCCCCAUACUGGAGCCUGGGAUUCCAUCUGUGUCGAUUUGGUUACAAGAGCACAAAUGUCACCCGACAGGUUGUGGAGAAUAUGGCCAAAGCCAACAUUCCUCAGGAUGUACAGUGGAAUGACAUAGAUUACAUGGACAGGAGGAAAGACUUCACUUACAACUUACAGUACUUCGAUGACUAUCCACAGAUGGUGGAUGAAUUUCACCAAAAGGGCUUAAAAUAUGUCAUGAUUGUGGAUCCAGGAAUUAGCAGUGCACAGGGAACAGGGAAAUACAAACCAUAUGAUGAUGGCGUAAAGAGAGGUGUCUUUAUAAAAAAUGAAACUGAUGAACCAUUAAUAGGCAAGGUUUGGCCUGGUCCAACUGCCUUCCCAGAUUUUACAAAUCCAGAGACUCGGGCCUGGUGGUAUGAGAACAUUAAGGAGUUUCAUGAUCAGGUGGCAUUUGAUGGAAUAUGGAUUGAUAUGAAUGAACCAUCCAACUUUGUUAAUGGAGCAAUGAAUGGCUGUCCAGACAACAAUUUAGAAAACCCUCCCUAUGUACCAGAUGUAACUGGAGGAUAUCUGAGGUCUCGCACAGUGUGUAUGACUGGAAAACUGUACCUGUCAUCACAUUAUAACCUGCACAACUUGUAUGGAUUGACUGAGGCCAUUGCUACUCAUGAUGCAUUGAUCAAGGUGAUUGGAAAACGUCCUUUUGUGAUUUCACGGUCCACAUUCCCCAGUCAUGGUCAUUAUGCUGGACACUGGACUGGGGACAUCUCAAGCAACUGGAAUGACAUGUAUUAUACCAUCCCAGCUGUAAUACUGUUUAAUAUGUAUGGAAUUCCUCUUGUGGGAGCGGAUAUCUGUGGUUUUGGUGGAGCCACCACUGAAGAACUCUGUGUGCGCUGGACACAGCUUGGAUCAUUUUACCCAUUUAUGCGGAAUCACAAUGCCUGGAAACAACCAUCUCAAGAACCUUAUGUCUUCAGUGAGUCAGCACAAUCAGCAAUGCGGAAAGCUCUCUUCACCAGAUACAUGCUGCUGCCUUUUCUUUACACACUUUUCCACAAAGCACACUCUGCUGGAGAGAUGGUUGUUCGGCCACUGUCAUUUGAAUUCUCUCAAGAUCGAAGUACCUGGAGCAUUGAUCGUCAGUUCAUGUUGGGGGAGGCCCUUCUUGUCACUCCAGUAUUAGAGCCUAAAACAGUGGCGGUGUCUGCCUAUUUUCCCUCAACUACAUGGUAUGAUCUGUACAAUGGCUCUGCUGUUCAUAGCAAAGGCCAGUACAUUGUACUACAGGCACCCUUGGAUACUAUAAAUGUCCAUGUGCGAGGAGGCUGCAUUUUGCCAAUACAAGAGCCCAAUACCACAACUGCUGCCUCUCGUGGGAACCCAUUUGAUCUGAUUGUGGCACUGUCUGAUCAAGGAGUUGCAAGAGGAGAACUCUUCUGGGAUGAUGGUGACAGUCUACUGACUUAUGAAAAUGGGGACUAUACUGAAAUUAUCUUCCUAGCAAAAAAUAAUAUACUGCUCAGUGAGAUAGUUCAUUUGAACAGCCAAGUCGAUGGCCUGCAUUUACACAGAGUUACUAUUUUUGGAGUUCCAUCUCCCCCACAGAAUGUUUCUGUUAAUGGACUCUCUAUCUCAGACUUCUCCUACAGGUUGGACACAAAGGUACUGACUUUGCAGAAUCUCUUUGUUCUCAUGGAAGAGGAGUUCACAAUUACUUGGUUCUAAACAAAGUGAAGUCUGCUUAUAUAAAGAAGGCGACUACAACAAACUGAGUGUUAACCAAUGGUAAAGUCUAGAAAGGGCUAAAAGGAAUGAUCAUUAGAAAAAAACUGCAGAUGCUGAAAAUCUGAAACAAAAACCGAGAAUGCAACAAACAUGCAGCAGGUCGGGCAGGGUCUCUGGAAAGAGAAUCUGAGUUAAUGUCUCAGGUGGAAGAGUCAGAGGAAGGGCCUUCGAGUGAAGUGUUAACUUUGUUUCUCUUUCCACAGAUGCUGCCUGACCUGCUGAGCACUUACUGCAUUUUCUGUUUUUAUUAAAAGAAAUGAUAUUUUCCAGUGACACGCAGUCAGUAUAGAGAGGGUAGCCUGUGGCCACCAACUGAAAAUUAAUGUUUUAAGUUGUGCAUGAUUGAUUUUAAUGGUUCUUAUUUUUACAAUGCACAUUUUACAUAAUGAAAGAAUUUUUGAUUGAAACUGCCAAAGUUAUUUAACUGCAAACUUAUACUAAAACAAAAUAAAAGCAACAUGAAUGUAUGUUAUUUUUAAAAUUGAUUUGAACUCAGUUCUGCUACACAUGGGUGUUCCUUUGGCGAGGCAUCAGUACCAGGUGGUAGAAGCACAAGCUGCCAUCAGCUUUCCUCUUUCAUUUGCAAUCAGAUCAGUUUGAAAUGACAUCUCUUCACACACGUGGCUUUAGGGCAGUGUUGUGGGGCGUAACUUUAUGCCUUUGUCAUAGGGAGCAGAGAAAUCAGUAUAGUCCAGAAACCAUUGAUGUUAGAAUAAAGUACCAGCCUCCACCUUUUUUCCAAUGUCUUCUAUAAUAUCAGCCUAUCCUAGUCAUAAGCAAGGAGCGCCUCCCUUUUACUAAAUCCAACAAUCAGAAUUAUAACACAUAGCUAUUGAAACGAAAAUCACUCUCCACAAAACUGUCAGCUGCACUGUAGACCCAGACUGAAAUGACCAUUGUUUACACAGGCACUUAGCAUCAGGGGGUAUUAGAAGCACAAGGCAACAAUUGAACAUGGUAGAAAUACAGUGGGAACCUUGACCUUCAGAUAAUCGGUUCAUUAUUGGGAUAGAUAGCAAAUGUGAUGCGCCAAAUUGUAUAUGGGACUCCUACACCAUGGUUGAACUGGGUAACAGAGAGAACCUGAAAAGAGUGUUGGUAAAUACUAAUAUGAGCAUCCAGAAAACUUUCAACACCAUUUAAAUUAAAGCAAGUAUCUUAAAUGUUUCAAAUAGCAUGGACUGGGGGAAAUGCUUAUCCUGUCAUUUUGCCCAUUGCAUAUCACUGAUAUAUUUACUAUUGGAUUCUAAUUAUUAAUUCAACAAUUAUCAGACUAUGCCCUUUAAACCAAUGAUUGAGAAUGAUACAUAUCCUUUGUGCUUGAACUGAGCAAUAAUCUUACCCAUUCAAGUAAUUUUCUUACUUAGGAAUUAUGAUUUUCUUUGAUCUUCUUUCAUGUCUUCACACCAACACCCUCAACCCUGGAAUUUUCUCCCCAGGAGUCUCACCUCAACAUUAGAAUCAUACAGCACAGAAACGAGCCCUUCCAACCCAUCUUGUCCAUGCCAACUGUGAUGCCUAUCUGUGCUAAUCCCAUUUGCCUGCAUUAGGCCUGCACCCUCCUACCCCUCUCCUAUCAAAGUUCCUAUCCAAAUGCCUUUUAAACAUGGUAAUUGUAUCUACCUGUACUACCUCCACUGGCAGCUCAAUCAAGAUAACCACCACCCUCUGUAUGGGGAAAAAUCUACCCCUUAGAUCUCUUUUCAGUUUCUUCCCUCUCAUCUUAAACCUAUUCCAUCAAGUUCUAGACUUCCCUGCCCUGGGAAGAAGAUUCUGUCUAUCCUAUUUAUACCCCUCAUAAUUUUAUAAACCUCCAUAAACUCGUGCCUCAGCUGCCUACAUUCCAGUGAGAAUAAACCCAGCCUAUCCAAUGUCUCCUUAUAACUACAGCACUCCAUUCCAGGCAACAUCCUGGUGAAACUCUUCUGCACUCUUUAUUGCCACUACAUCCUUUAGUGUGGCUACCAAAACUGUGCACAAGUGCAGUCUAACCAAUGUUUUGUACAGCUGCAACAUGAUGUCCUAAUACUUAUAUUCAGUACGUGGGCCUAUGAAAGCAACCAUGCCAAAUGCCUUCUUCACCACCCUAUCCACCUGUGUUGCCACUUUCAGCGAACUAUGAACUUGCACCCUCUCUCUGUUCAUCAACGCUCCUAAGGUCACUGCCAUUUACUGUAUAUGUCCUACCAGAAUUUGCCUUCCCAGAGUGCAUUACCUCACACUAUUCUGGAUGAAAUUCCAUCUGCCAUCACCUGCGCCCCCACUACCAUAACCUUAUUGCUGUCGCAUGCUUCUGUGAUCUGCCCACAUAUCUGUCCUUAUUCCCACUGAUGAUUUGGGAGGCCAAGAGUAUAACCCCAUCAAAAUGAUCGCCCCUUUCCUAUUCUUAAGUUCUAUCCCUAAAACCUUUGACUGAUCCCUCCAGAUAUUUCCCCUGAGUACUGCAGUAAUGUUCUCCCUGAUCAGCAGUGGACCCCUGCACUCACCCCCGUCAAGCCCGGAUACCUGUACUCCAGAACAUUGAGCUGCCUGUCCUGCCCUUCGCUAAGCCACAUUUCUGUGAUUGCAACAAUAUUAUAAUCCAAUGUGCUGAUCCAUGCUCUCAACUCAUCAAUCUUGCAUCUUAGUUUUUGCAUUAAAAUGUAUGUGGUUAAACCUACAGGCUCUCUCAUGCUUCCCCACAUCUCUCUGCUCUUCUCGCUGGACUUGCCUGCUGUACUUUCUACAUAUGUGUCAGCCUCGCCAUCUGUCACACAGUUAUUCUGGGUUCUGCCCCCUGCCUCCCUAGUUUAAACCCUCCCAAGUAUCACUAGCAAACCUCCAUGCGAGGAUAUUAGUUCAGGUGCAACCCAUCCUUCUUGUGCCGAUCACCUCUGCCCCAGAGACCCCAUUGAUUCAAAAACCUGAAGCCCUCCUCCACCUCCCCCGCACCAGCUCUUUAGCCACACGUUCAUCAUUAUUAUCUUUCUUUAAGAUGCUUCUUAAAACCAACCUUUUUGACUGCCCCAAUAUCUACUUGCAUUACUCACUGAUUUUAAGUUUGCUUAACACUUUUGCAGUAUCUUGUGAUGUUUUACCACAUUAAAGAUACUAUACAAAAACAAAUUGCCUUCCCUGCUGUAUGUACUACAGCAGAGCAGUUUUGUUACCCCUUACCUGGUACAGUAAGCUCUCAUUUAUCCAGUAUUCAUGUAUUCAGAAUUCUCCUUUAAUUUUAUAAAAAUAAGCUCAAACAAUGAAUUUUAUUUUGAAUGUUGUGCAAAAUAAAUGUGAAAAGACAACUUUAGUUUAGUUGCAUUUAUACACGAGGGCAGUGCAGUUGUAGGCUGAUUAGCAGCAACAUCCUCUUUGAAGAUUUGGCACCAUGCGAUGGCAAGUAAUCAGAACAAUUUUACAUUAAUACUGGAUAGCCUUAAAAUAUAGAAUUGCAGUGUAAACCAGUGUCAUUUAAAAGGCUAAGGAGAUGACAUAUAGUUUGGCAAUUUAUUUGGAGGUUAUGCAUAAAAUAACAAUGUGUGAUGUACAGUAAUGUUCCUUUUGAGCAAUUCUUAUACAACCAGCAUACUCAUGCAACCAGCAAGUAACCCAAGGUCACAAAUUUCAACCAAUUAGCAAAAAAGUGAGGAUGAAGAUUUUUAAAUUGAGUGAUUUGCUAUGAUCUGGGAUACAUUGAUUGAAAGAGUUUUGGAAGCAGUUUCAAUUGUAACUGUGACAAGGAAAUUGGACCUCCGCUCACAAGCUUAAGACUGCAAGGGAUUAAGUGGGAAAGUGGGAUUUAUUUGAUAGCUUUUUCAAAGAACUGAUAUAAGCAGAAUUCUUUGAAUGGCCACAUUAAAUCUAUUAAAUCUGAGCCAAAUUUUGCUAACUCCACAUAUCUUGUCCAGAUCUGGAGGGUCUAGCUGGCUAAGCCUCCACAUCCCAGAGAUUAUUAGUGAAGCUUGAAAGGUGACAAGGUUUUUGGGAGCACAGUGAAGAAGGCCUACCUCCAGAAUGCCCCCUUUAGCCUUUGGACAACCGGCAAAGCUGGCGAUGGAUGUUUGCUGAUGCACAGGCUUUAAUUUUUAAUAGUUUUUAAGUGUCUCUUUAACAUUUCCUAUGAUUUUAAUUGUUUUAUAAUCUUUAAAUAAAAUGAUUAAAGCUAAAAUUAAGUUAACUAAUUAUGAAUACAGUCAGAGUGUAGUACAGCACAGAAGUGGGCCAAUAGCCCACCACAUCCAUGCCGAACUUUUCGCCAAUCUACACUAAUCCCAUUUGCCCACAUUAGGUCCAUAUCCUUUUUAUGCUGUGUCUAUUCAAGUGUAUGUCUAAAUGUCUCCUAAAUAUAGUAAUUGCAUCUGAGUCUACCAACUCCUCUGCCAGUGAGUUCCAGAUAUCAACCAUUCUCUAUGUAAAAUAAAAAUUGCCCCUCAAAUCCCCUCUGAACCUCCUUCUCCUCACCCUAAACCAAUGUAGUCUUGCUUUUGAUAACCCUAUCAUGGGAAAAAGAUUCUAUCUAUUCGAUUUGUGCCUAUUAUCAUUUUGUAUACCUCUCUCAUGUCACCUCUCAGCCUCCUUUGCUCCAGGGAAAACUAAGCCCAGCCUAUCCAAUCUCUCUCCAUAACUAAUGUCCUCCAAUCCAGGCAACAUCCUGGUGAACCUCCUCAGCACUGUCCAGCACUGCUACAUACUGUGGUGGCCAUAGCUGCACGUAAUACCCCAAGUGUCAUAUAACCAACAUUUUCUUAAGUUGCAACAUACUGUCCCAAAUUUUAUAUUCUCUGCCCUGAAUUCGAUGAAGACAAGCAUGCCAUGUACCUUCUUCACCACCCUAACUGCCUGUUGCCACUUUCAGGCAACAAUGGACUUGAACCCCAUGGUCUCUUUGUUCAUCAACAUACCUUAGUGCCCUACCAAUUACUGUAUACAUGCCGUCACCGGGUUAUGUUUAGUUCCAUUCCUGAGAACUGUCUGUAAGCCAAUUUCUCUGCAAGUCAGAAAUGUCUGUUAUCUAUAGUAACCCAUAUCGUAUCACUCUACUUGUAUACUUUCAUUUUAUUAGAUAUUCACCCUAACACUACCCAUAGUUAGACUAAUGGAAUAUAGGUAUACUGUAUCCAGCUGUUAGUGAAUACCACAUAUUAUUAUCAUUAUUAUCUGGAAGAAUACUUUAAAAAUGUAUGGGAAAAUCUGCGUAAAGUUGGAGUUCUGUAAGUCAGGUCAUCCAUAACCCAGGGAGUGCCUGUAUUUCCUACCCCUACCUGACUUCCAAAAUACCUCACCUUGCACUUGUCAGGAUUAAGUUUCAUCAGUCAAUGCUGCACCCAACUUUCAACCUAAUCAAUAACCUGCUGUAGCCUUGGAUAACCUUCCUCGCUAUCUACAAUACCACCAACUUUCAUGUCAUCCACAAACCCGCUAAUUAUACGUCCUUCAUUCACAUCCAAGUCGUCAAUGUCUGUAUACCGUGUUCAACAAGGGUCCCAGCACUGAUCCCUGCAGUACACCACUGAUCACAGACUUGCAAUCAGGAAAACAUCCUUCCACCACUACCCUCUGUCUCCUAUCACUGAGCCAAUUUUGGAUCCAAUUAGCCAGUCCACCUUGAUUCACAUGUGCCUUGACCUUCUGGACUAGCCUAUCAUGCAUGACCUUAUUAAGUGGCUUACCAAAGUCCAUAUAGACAACUUCUAUUGCCCUGCCUUCAUCAGUCUUCUCAGAAAACUCAGUUAAAUUAGUGAGACAGCAUCUCCUUUGCACAAGCCCAUGCCGACUGUCCCUGAUCAGCCACUGCAGUUCCAAGUGUAUAGAAAUCCUAUCCCUUAAAUUUUUCUCCAAUAACUUACUUACCACUGUCACAAGGCCUACUAGCCUUUAGUUACUUGGUAUAUCCCUGCUGUCCUUCUUAAAUAAAGGAAUAUAUUAGCUAUGCACCAGUUUUCUGAUGCAAAAGUCUCCAUCAGGACCCCAACUAUCUGCUCCCUCACUUCCCGCAGCAACCUGGGAUGAUUUCAUUGAGGACUGCUUUGAAUUGGUGGACUGGACCAUAUUCAGGGAUUCAUCUUCAGAUCUGAAUGAAUAUGCUAUGGCCAUCACCGACUUCAUCAAGACCUGCAUGGAUGAGUGUGUGCUUUCGAGAACAUACCAAGUUUUCCCAAGCCAGAAGCCCUGGCUGAACCAGGAGAUUCACAGUCUGCUGAGGGCUAGAUCUGUGGUGUUCAAGACCGGUGAUCCAGAACCCUACAAAAAGUCCAGGUGCAACCUAAGGAAGGCCAUCAUGAGAGCAAAUGGUGGCUCCUUCAUGCCCUCCUAAUUUUUAUUCUUAAGUUCUCUCCUAUGCACUCUCUAUUCCUCAAUACCUGCAUAUGCUUUCUCUUUUUUCCAAAUCAAACCUUCAAUAUCCUUUGUCAUGCAAGGUUCUCUAAUCUUGCCAUCUUUGCUUUUCACCCUUACUGGAUCAUGCUGGCCCUGAACUCCUAUUAAAUUCAUUUUAAAAAAACUCCCACUUGUCAGCUGUCAAUAACUACCUUGAAACUUGCAGAAUUAUGAUCAUUGUUCCCAAAAUGCUCCCCCACCCAGACUUCCACCACUUGCCCAGUUUUGUUUACUAAGAUAAGGUUGAGUACUGCCCUGUCUCUUGCAGGACUAUCGACACGUCUCAAAAAAAUUUCUUCAAUGCACUUAACAAGUUCUGCUCCGUUUAAGCUCCUUGUGCUAAGGCAAUCCACUCGAUAUCAGAUAAGUUCAAAUCCUCCACUUCUAUAACCAUAUUGCUUCAACAUUUUUCUGUUCCUCUAUUUCCUGCUGACUAUUGGGAGGCUUAUAGUGUAACCCCAGCAAAGUGAUUGACCCUCUCUUAUUCCCAAGUUCUAUCAAUGUGGCCUCAUUGGAUGAUCCCUCCAGGAUAUCCUCUCUAAGUACUGUUAUUAUGUAUUCCCUCAUUGGUAGUGUAACUCACCCUCUUGCAUUCCCUUUUGCCACACCUGAAACUUCUAUAUCCCAGAACUUUAAGUUGCCAAUCCUGCCCUUCCCUCAAUCAUGUUUCAAUGAUUGCAUAAUAUAAUUCCAAUGCUCUCUGAGGCACCUUACUGUUGAGCCCACCAGCCCUCCCAUGCUCUCUCACCUGCCUCUGUCUGCUCUGCCCACUGGACUUGCUUGAUUUAUCCGCUACAUUUUUCUCCCCGCCACCCCCCCAUCACUCCUAACAGGCUUCCUACCAAAAAAAAAGAAUUUCAAUAAGUAACUUCCUCUUUGCUUCGAUAUCCUUCGGUCUCCAAUCCCCAAUUAAACAAAUAGGAUCUUGGAACCUGUGCUAGGAUAAACCUGGCACAUGGUCUGAGAGUCGAUUUCCACGUGUAAUCCAUGAUUCAACCUGAAUCUGGCAGGAGGCGCUAGACUUUCAUAUUUGAUUGUACAUGUGCAGUUUCUGCUGCUAACAUUUGCCAGAAGAUCAACUUGGUAUUUACAGUAUAGGUCCUCCCCAACUUAAGAAUGCUGAACUUAUGAACAGCCCGUACAUAUGAAAGAGCAUUUGGGAGAUUGGUGGGAUGGAUUUGCCAGCUGCUGCGGGGCUGUAGGCAACUUCUGCUGUGUGGGAACUCAGUAGGCGGCUGCACUUCUGACUAGCGAACUGUUACCGGGAGUAGAACCCUGCGGAAAGCUGGGGACAACCUGUAAAGUCAACUGAUUAUUUUGACAUGGAUGCCACAGUUCAUUUGGGUUUUGAAUAAAGAAAAAAUUUGCAUCCCAUUAUGCAGUAGCAUUGAGUGUCCAGUUAAUUAAUGUUAAUAUUCCUCCAUGUGAAAGCAGAAUGCAGUUAUUUAUUAAUGCUGUACUAAACACUACACUGGCAUAUUUAGGAUUGUUAUGUUUAUGAAUACUUGGAAACUGCUCAUCAUUUAGGGGAGUUGGAUAGUUCAGCAUGUUUCAUUGUUUUGUUAAAGUCAUGAUAUGUGCAACUCAUUACCAUUAGCUGCUUUAAUGAAGGCCCUUGAGAAACAGGAAAAACAUCUCCCCUUAUAUUACUAGAAAGGAGACUGCAGUAUAGCAGUUCUAUUAAAUUUUCAUCAACUCGUAGGAUUGAAAAAGAUAGUGAUCUUAAUUUACCCUGCAGAGGUCCUCCUGAGUUCAUAUUCAUAGAAAGUGAUCCCAUUGUGAGUCCACACUAGAAGAGAAGGCAGUCAGGAGGGCAAAAAGUGACUAAUUAGACAAUAAAAGCUUUCCAUAAAUAAAGUGGUCUUUGGGAGAUUGUGUUGGUGAAAUCCGACUAUGGUAAUAUGAAAAAUAUGUAUUUUAAUAUUGUGUGAUUGCACGAACUGGUUUGACCAUAA